AUGGAAGUAGCAGAAACGCUGAAGGAAGGUUUUUAUGCUGUAGAGCUGAACAAGACUGUAUGGAUCGUUCCCAGCUAUUACCAAAAUUUAACACCAGUCGGUACCGGUGCUUAUGGAACUGUCUGUGCUGCAGAAUGUCGUUUAACUGGAGAAAAAGUAGCGAUAAAAAAAUUUUCUCGACCGUUUCAGAGUGCUAUUCACGCCAAACGAACACACCGAGAAUUGAAAUUACUGAGAUCAAUGAAUCAUGAAAACAUCAUCGAUAUGCUCGAUGUAUUCACACCCGACAUUAACGCUGCUUCAUUAGGAGACGUGUAUUUUGUUUCGAUGUUAAUGGGAGCAGAUCUCUCUAACAUACUGAAAAUUCAACGCUUGAGCGAUGAGCACAUUCAAUUUCUUGUAUAUCAAAUACUUCGUGGCUUGAAAUAUAUUCACUCGGCUGGUCUCAUUCAUCGCGACUUAAAACCAUCAAAUAUUGCAGUUAAUGAAGACUGUGAAUUAAAGAUACUUGAUUUCGGCUUAGCUAGACAAACAGAUAACGAAAUGACAGGUUAUGUUGCUACACGUUGGUAUCGUGCUCCUGAAAUCAUGCUUAAUUGGAUGCAUUAUACGCAGACAGUGGAUAUUUGGUCAGUUGGAUGCAUUAUGGCGGAAUUGAUUACUGGAAGAACUUUAUUUCCAGGAGCAGAUCAUAUCGAUCAACUGACACGUAUAAUGAAUGUGGUAGGAACACCAAAUGAAGAAUUUUUGUCGAAAAUACAAUCGGAUGAAGCUCGUAACUACAUUCGUAAUCUCCCGAAAACUCCCAGAAAAGAUUUCAAGAAAUUGUUUCCCAGUGCAUCAGCUGAUGCCAUUGAUUUGCUGGAGAGAACUCUAAAUCUUGAUCCUGACUACCGACCCACUGCUAGUGAAGCAAUGAAGCAUCCUUAUUUGAAACAGUAUCACGAUCCAUCUGAUGAACCUAUAUCGCCACCACUCGAUAUAGAUUUCAAUGGAGAUUUAACCAUUGAACAAUGGAAGGAAUUAAUUUGGAAUGAAAUUAACGAUUUUGCGGAGAAAAGAUCGGAGAGGCUUGUUGCUGGAAGUUCGAACAAUGAGGAAACAAGGUGA